GCGAGGUGGGCGCGCGCGGGAGCCGGUAGCGGCGGCCUCGGCUGCAGCAGCAGCAGCAGCAGCAGCAGCAGCAGCGGCGGCGGCGGCGGGAGGGGGCGGUACUUCCGGUCGUUGACUUCCGGCGGCGGCGGCGCUCGGUGUGGCAGCUCGGCCCCACUCCGCCAUGCAGCGCCGCGACGACCCCGCCGCCCGUAUGGGCCGGGGGCCGGGCCCCGGCGGCGCACGGCAAGGGGGGCCUUCGCAGCGGAGGCCGCCUCGGGGCGGCGGCGGCGGCGGGGGCCGCGGGGGAGCGGGCCCACCGCAGCCGCUCCUGUCGAGCAGCGGCUCGGGCGGUCAGGGCUCCGCCGCCCCCGCCCCGUUGCUGCCCGGCGCCGCCAAGAUGGAGCCCGAGAACAAGUACCUGCCCGAGCUGAUGGCCGAGAAGGACAGCCUCGACCCAUCCUUCACGCACGCUAUGCAGCUUCUCACUGCAGAAAUCGAAAAGAUUCAGAAGGGUGAGACAACAAAGAAAGAGGAGGAAGAGAACUACCUGGAUUUAUUUUCCCACAAGAACAUGAAACUGAAGGAACGUGUUCUGAUCCCGGUCAAACAGUACCCCAAGUUCAACUUUGUGGGAAAGAUUUUGGGACCUCAAGGCAACACCAUUAAGAGGCUUCAGGAAGAAACUGGUGCUAAGAUAUCUGUGCUCGGGAAGGGCUCCAUGCGAGAUAAAGCAAAGGAGGAGGAGUUGCGUAAAGGGGGAGACCCUAAAUAUGCUCACCUAAAUAUGGAUUUGCACGUCUUCAUUGAAGUGUUCGGACCCCCCUGUGAAGCGUACGCACUGAUGGCUCACGCCAUGGAAGAGGUCAAGAAGUUCCUUGUUCCAGACAUGAUGGAUGACAUCUGUCAGGAGCAAUUCUUGGAGCUUUCCUAUCUGAACGGUGUGCCAGAGCCAAGUCGUGGCCGAGGAGUCCCUGUGCGGGGAAGGGGAGCAGCUCCACCACCGCCUCCGCCUGUUCCAAGAGGGCGUGGUGUUGGUGGUCCUCCUCCUCCUCCUCCCCCUCGGGGGGCCCUGGUCCGAGGUGUCCCAGUACGGGGUGCCAUCGCCAGAGGAGCUGCCGUGGCCCGCGGGGUCCCGCCUCCCCCAGCAGUACGAGGCGCUCCCGCACCCAGAGCACGGGCAGCCGGCAUCCAGAGGAUACCGCUUCCUCCUCCUCCUGCACCGGAGACCUACGAGGAAUACGGCUAUGACGACGCGUAUGCAGACCAGAGCUAUGAGGGGUAUGAAGGCUACUACAGCCAGGGCCAAGGGGACACAGAAUACUAUGAUUAUGGACAUGGGGAGGCACAGGAAACCUAUGAAGCUUAUGGGCAAGAUGACUGGAACGGAACCCGGCCCUCCCUGAAGGCCCCACCGGCCAGGCCAGUGAAGGGGGCCUACCGAGAGCACCCAUACGGACGUUAUUAAAAACAAACAUGAGGGAAAAAUAUCAGUUAUGAGCAAACAGUUGUUACUGAUUCUUGUAUCUCCCGGGAUUCCCGUUGCUUUACCCACACCAGACAAGUAAUUGUCUAACUGUUUUUCUUCGUGGCCCUUUUUCUCCCACUCCAUCCUCACCCUGCAUUCUGGCUUCUGUACGUAGUAUUUUAAAAUGAGUUAAAUAGACUUAGAGGAGCGACUUUAAGUUUCUUUUUUUCAGUGUGUAGAUGGCUUUUCUUUCCUUGUGUUUAGGCAAAUACAACUGUACCUUUUUUAAUAAAACAAAAAGUUGAGUUAAAAAUGUUAGUUUCCAAAGUGACAUGCUUUGCUUAGCAGAUAUGGAAUUAAGGUUUUGUUAACCUUUUAAGUUUGGUUUUAAGGAACCCAUAAAAGUUGUAGUUGCAGAAUCCCAAAGUAGGCUACAUUUCAAAAUUCAGGGCUGUUUUUAAGAGUUAAAAUCAUAAUGUAACGGUAGUAGCUGCCACCGUUUAAAAGUAACCUCAGACAUCAAACUGUCCUUAAAAGCAGAUUGCUGAUGAAUCGUAAGCUUAAAUUUUAGUACAAAGGAUCCUCAAACAAAUUAAAUAGCAUUUUUUAAAGGUAAUUGACUUAAAAGGAAAAAAAAAAAAACCAAAACAAAACAAAUUAGGUUUGUAAAAUUGACUUUUCUUAUGUGGGUUUUGAAAUCUAGCCCCGAACAGGCGGUGUUGAGAGAUGCUUGGGAAGCAGAGUUUCCAGUGUUAAGGGGUUCUUAGUUCAGUUCUGUAUGAAGAACUUUAAAGGGAAAACCAAAUUAAAGCGUGGCUCUAAUUGCCCAGUGUUUGGUAUUAGAAACCAGAGCAUUCAGUCUUCUCAUUUCAUAGCACUGGGGGGCAGAGAACGCAGCGCGAGUCCGCCCGACAGCGCUGUCGGUGCUGGCAGUCCCGCUGUUCAAGUGUAUCUCAACACUAGCUUUGCCUAAAAAGGGACGCUGCAGCUGGAAACAUGAGGAAAAACUCACUUUGUACAUAGGAGAAAGUCCUAAUCGGAUUUGUAUCCUGUCCUCCCACUGUUCUUGAAGGUUAACUGCUACGUGUGUAACUCUGCCUAACUAGGUAGCUAAACCUGUCACGAUGUCUGCCGCAGUUUGUCAAUAAAGUUUAGUCCUUUU